CUACUAUCCACCAAUACUUAACGAUUCCUGUGGAACAAUGCAGAGUGGUCGCAAAACGAGGAAUCGAACUCCCUGUCAGUAUUGUAAGACAUCGAAACGCAAGUGUGACCGCACCGGGUCUCAUUGCUCGCGCUGUAGGAGACUGAACCUUGAAUGUAUCCCAUCAACAACGGCAGAAUGGCGCGUCAACGGCAUCAAUAGUACCAGCCAACAUGCCCCAAGCCCGGACGGCGUCACUCGUACACGGCAGAUGCGGGGGGCUAAUCAUACCCUCAGCGGGUGUUCUGUUGAACUGAGCACAUCUCCUGUUCCUGGGGAAUAUUUGGAAAGUGAAGGAGCGGCCACUUUACAUUCCAGUGAAGCAAUAGAUUGCAAUAUCCUGGGUGCCAUAGCAGACCCGCUGUCAUCGACAAUCUACGGAUCCUGUAUACUUUUUCUACUCCAGGACAAGAUAGCACAUGGCCGCCACCAGAAGAAGCCAUAGGAUACUUUACUCCGAUUGGGGAUACUAACAUAAAUCCUCGUGUCCCAAUCCUGCAAGCUGCCGUCUCGUACCUGUGGAGUAGCUUUGUUGAACGCAUAGCUCCCGGGAUAACUCUUGAUGUUUCGCAGAC